AUGCAUCUAUCUGAUGUGUUGGGGUCUUCACUAGUUCAUGUGCCUUUUGAUGGCACUGGGUACGGUAGUUGGAGACGAACUAUUCUUGUAGCCUUGUCCGUUAGAAAUAAAUUGGAUUUCAUAAAUGGAUCCUCAGUUAAACCUCCUGACAGUUCUCCCUUGGCGAGACAGUGGCAGAGGUGUAACGAUUUAGUAGUCUCAUGGUUAACCAACUCCUUGUCCAAAGACAUUGCUCGUAGUGUUGAGUACUCUGAACUUGCCAAAGAUAUUUGGAGUGAGUUGGAGGAAAGAUAUGGUCAAGUAGAUGUUGCAAGAGUAUUUGAGCUUAAAAAGGAAUUAGCUCACAUCUCUCAAGGCUCUCUUGAUAUUGCCUCAUAUUUCAAUAAGAUAAAGCAAUUAUGGGAUGAAAUUGACGCUUUGUCAAUUAGUAGAGUCAGGUCUUGUAGCAACUGUGGGUUUAAAUUUGAUUAUCAGAAGGAUGAUGAUGUCCAAAAGGUGUAUCAGUUUUUGAUGGGUCUCAAUGAUACAUAUGUGCAGACUAGGAGUAACAUCUUUAUGAUUAAACCAUUCCCUUAUGUGAACGUUGUUUACAGUAUUUUGUUGUCAGGUGAGAAUCAGAGGCAGGUUUCUACCUAUCCUCAAUUUCUCCCUACAUCUGCUUCUUUCAAUGUUGGGGUGUCCAAACAAGGAUUUCCUUCCAAAGUCAAUUUUGAUGCUCAGAAAUCACCUGUGUGCAAGUAUUGUAAGAAACCAGGUCAUAUUAUUGAUAAGUGUUACAAGCUACAUGGGUAUCCUCCUAAUUUCAAAUUUUACAAAGGGUCUGGAAGUAGAAAGACUGCAACUCAUGUUGAAGUCAAUUCUCCCUCCUGCUAG